AUGGCAAAUAAUAUGUAUCUCUAUUUAAUAUUCAUUGCUUUAUUAUUAAGUGAUUGUUAUUUUAUAAAUGGUUUAACCGGUUCAUUGAAGAAAGGUAGUAAUAGUGGAGUACAACGAAUUAAAUGUAAUGAAGAUGAAGAAGAUAUCAAUACUAGCAUAGACCAAAUUCGUUCAGUUAUUAAUGAUACAUUCAAAUUCUAUGAUAAUAAUUUACGUAAUAUUUCAAAAAUGAUUCAUAAUUAUCGUGAAACUGCCUAUGAAGAAUAUAAAUCAUCAAAAUUACUUGUCGAUUUUUUAGAGCAGGAAGGUUUCACAGUUGAAUAUGGUAUUGCUAAUCGUUCAACAGCAUUUGUUGCAACUUACGGAAAUGGUGAUGGUGGUAGAACUGUAUCUUUUAAUUCCGAGUACGAUGCUCUACCUGUUAUCGGUCACGCAUGUGGUCAUAAUUUAAUUGCUAUUGCAAGUUUAGGUGCUGCAUUAGCUGUUAAAGAAUUUCUGAAUGAAACAAAGUUAAAUGGUACUGUUAAAUUAUUUGGUACACCAGCUGAAGAGAAUGGCAGCGGUAAAUUGGAUCUUAUUAACGGAGGGUAUUAUAAAAGUGUUGAUAUGAAUAUAAUGGCACAUCCAUCACGUUACUCCGGUGCAUUCAUACCAUAUCGUGCAAUAACGAAAUUUGAAGUUGAAUAUUUUGGUAAAUCAGCACAUGCAGCCAUUUCACCGUGGAAUGGCAGAAAUGCAUUAGAUGCAUUAAUAUUAGCAUUUAACUCCGUAAGUGCACUGCGUCAACAACUACAUUCAUCCUAUCGUCUACAUGGUAUUAUUGUUAACGGUGGUACAGCUGCAAAUGUUAUUCCGGAUUAUACGAAAGGUAUAUUCAUGAUUCGUACGCCAACUGUCAACGAAUUAUUAAAUGAAUUAAAGCCACGUGUUAUUGCAUGUUUCAUAGCUGCUGCAAAUGCUACAGGAUGUCAAGUAAAAAUUACGGAAAAAGGUUUAAAUAAAGAUGUUAAAAUAAAUAGUAUACUUGGUAAUCUUUAUGAAUUAUAUUUUUCAAAAGUUCAAGGUGUUAAUAGUAGUAAUAUUCUAUCAAAAUAUGAACAACGUGAAAUAUCCUCAGGUUCAACAGAUCAAGGACAUGUUUCCUAUGUUGUACCAGCCAUACAUGCUGAAUAUUCAAUUCCUACAGAAAAUCAACAAGGCCCACAUACAAAAGAAUUUGAGAAGGCUGCAACGACUGAACAAGCAUUUCAAGAAACAAUUAAAGCAUCAAAAUCAUUAGCUUUCGUUGCUAUUGAUUUUUUAGAAGAUGAUUUAUUUGCUAAAAAUGUUAUUGAUGAAUUUAAACUGUCGUCAUCGUCCUCUUCGAGUACUACUACUACCAUACCUACGACACCGUCGUCAUCGUAG